AUGAUGAUAUUCCCUGAUGAUGAUAUCAAUGAAAGUAUAUCGAAUUUGGGUUCGUCAUCAUUAGCAUCAUCAUCGCUGACUACGUUCAUGGAUGAUUUUCGUUUUCCACAACAAAACAUUUCCUCAACAGAAGAUCCAUAUUCUCAACAAUAUUAUCAAAUCUAUUCGAACUGGUCUGAAACAACAUCGACCAAUCUUGCAAUUAGUUCAUCUGUUCAAAAUCCAAACAUACCUACAACAAAUCGUAAUGUUAAAAUUAAAGCUAAACGACGUCGUAUCGCUAGUGUAUCUCAACGUCGUGCAGCCAAUGUUCGUGAACGUAAACGUAUGUUUAGUUUAAAUGAAGCAUUCGAUCAAUUGCGUGAAAUAGUUCCUAUAUUUGCAUAUGAAAAAAAAUUAUCACGCAUUGAAACUCUUCGUCUUGCAAUAAUUUAUAUUGCAUUUAUGACUGAACUUGUACUUAGUGGUAAAACAGUUGAGGAAGCUUCGUUGAAUGCAGAUGUUGUUUUAAACCAAUGGACAGAUACAUGUACUUAUCAAAUGAAUUCAUCAUCGAUCUGCGAUGAUACGCCAACAAGUUCCGGAAGUGUUCUCGAUCAAAAAAUAAAGAAACAAAUUCUGGCUUAUUAUCCGCAAUACGAGGACCUAGGUCCAGUUUCUUCAACUUCACUUCCGUCAGUUACUUAUCAAUAUCCAACAGUUUAUUCAAAUUCGAACACAUGGUUUAAUGGAAUAUCUGAAAAUGAACAUCAUCAUGUAUCAUCAUCUCCGAAUAAUUUUCUAACAACAUAUAAUAUAAAUAAUGGAGAUAUGAAUUCUGAUGUUUAUCGUUUGCCAGUUGAUAAUGGAAAUUCAAAUUCAUUCUACGUACCUUAUCAAACAACAGUAGUUAAUUCUGAUAAUGAUGAAAAUGAUUUAGACGAUGGCUCCGACGAUGACGAUGAUGAUGAUGAUGACGAUGAUACAGAUUCAACAUAUCAUUCAACAAAACGAAUAAAUAAUAAUAAUUCAGCCAAUAAUAAAAUGUCAGGCACAGAUCAACGUCGUUCAACACGUCCAAAUGGAUCAAAACGAAAACGUAAACGAGUUUUAAAUGGUGUUCAACGUGCCGAGGCCACACAACGUGAAAAACGACGUAUGCUGAAACUUAAUCGAGCAUUUGAAGAGUUAAGAAACGUUUUACCAGUAACUGAAUUCGCACGAAAUAAAUUAUCACGUUCAGAAACACUUAAAUCAGCUAUUGAUUAUAUUAAUCUUAUGUUUGAUAUGCUUGAUGCUGCAAAAGGUCAUCAUCAUUCAUCAUCUUGCUUAUAA